GGGUAAAAAUAUCGCACGUUCUGGCAGCACUGGCUGUCAGUUGUUGUUUCUUAUUUUAAAAAAUUACUCAAAUCAAAUAAUUUUUUUUUAGACUAUUAUUUUUAUUAUAGAUAAAUUGAAUUUUUUUUCCUUUAAUGAAUACAUUAGAAAGUUAUAGUGAAAUAUCAAAAAUAAUGUACACACCUCAUUCAUCGGCGAGACAAAAAAUUAGACAACAAUUUAAUUUAAUACCUUUAGCCGCAAUUGACACUGAUGAAAAUGAUGAACGCUCUAAUAUUUUGCAAGAUCUUAUCAAGAAGACCUGGUAUAUGUGGAGUGUAUCAACAUUAUUUAAUUUCACGUGGGAUAAUGAACGAGUUUUGAAAUUAUAUGGUAAAAGAUUGAGAGAGGAAAUAGCAUCAAUUUUACCUCAUCAUGACGUUGCAUAUGAAGCUAAAGUUACAGUUGAGGAAAAUAACAUUACAAAGUCUAAUGAAACUGAUUCGCCGGCAAUAAAAAUUGAAGUCUUCGCAAGAAAAUUAACUGAGGAAGUAUCGAAUUGCAUUUAUACUGGUCUUAUAACAUCCUGGGGGUCUACUAUUAAUGAUACAGAGAAUGACAAAUCAGCUAAUCUACCACUUUUGUUGUGUCGCGGCAACAAAACUGCGAUAAGAGCAGUUAAUAAAACUCUGAAUAUUAUGUUCGAUUGUACAAUUAUUCCACUUUUAGCAACAGAAGAAGAUUUGCAGUGGCUUUUACCUGCAAUAUUACAACAUAAUAAAAAUAACCCUACAAAAGGACAAGUUAAACUAGAAUAUAAACUUCCAAAUACUUCAAUUACAGAUAGUAUUGGCUUUACGUGUGAUGUAUCAACUCUCAGUGAUUUAUGGAAUGCAAUUAGCGAUUCUUCAGAUGAUAAUGAUAAUGAUUCAGAAGUUUUAUUAAAACCAGUCCAACUAUUUCAUGAAGUAUUAUUAAGACAAACUUUGGUUGGCGCUGGAUUACAACUCGGUCUUUCAAAAUUAUUUAGGAUGACUUUUCCAACUUUUAAAAUAAUGGAUAAUAAAAUUUAUGCCAAGACAACAGAUGUUCUUCAUAAAAUUUUAUUGUAUUUCAAUGAAAAAGCUUUUCAAAUAUUAUACACGAAUUUUGAUUCAGUAACAAAUUCAAGUUCUGAGUUAACGUAAAGAUUAAAGUAAAAACUUUUGAAAACUAAAUGACACAAUUUUUGCAAGUGAAUAAAUAUGUGUAAAGAUUGUUUUCAUUUUAUAAAAUAUUAGUUA